AUGGCAUCCAACGUCACCAUCAAGGCCAUCGACUCGAGUGCAGUCCACCAGAUCCAAGCUGGUCAGGUUAUUGUCGAUUUGUGCUCUGUAGCCAAAGAGCUCGUGGAGAACAGUGUGGAUGCCGGGGCAACCACCAUCGAGGUACGGUUCAAAAACCAAGGUCUUGACUCCAUCGAGGUCCAAGACAAUGGAGCCGGAAUUGCACCACACAACUACCAAUCAGUCGCCCUAAAGCAUUACACGUCCAAGCUCUCAACAUAUGAUGAUCUCUCCACACUUCAGACGUUUGGCUUCCGUGGGGAGGCAUUGUCCUCCCUCUGCGCACUAUCCAAAUUCUCUGUUAUAACUUGCACCAAGGAGCAGGUCCCUCGCGCAGCGAAACUCGAGUUCGAGAUGUCUGGGAAGCUUAAGAGCACCAGCGUUGUUUCGGGCCAGCGUGGUACUUCUGUAAUUGUAGAGGACCUCUUCCGCAACCUCCCAGUACGCCGUCGUGAGCUGGAGAGAAACAUCAAGAGGGAAUGGGGCAAGGUUAUCAGCCUGCUCAACCAAUAUGCCUGCAUCCAAACGGGCGUCAAGUUCACCGUUUCCCAGCAGCCCACCAAAGGGAAGAGGAUGGUUCUGUUCUCAACCAAGGGUAAUCCCACAACACGCGAGAAUAUCAUCAAUGUGUUUGGCGUCAAGACGAUGAAUGCUUUGAUCACAAUGGAUCUCAAGCUGCAGCUCACACCUACCGCCGGUCCUCUCGUGAAGGGUAAAGCUAGAGCUGACGGGAGCAAUACCGAGGUUAGGGUGCUCGGGCAUGUCUCCCGGCCGACACCUGGUGAAGGCCGACAAACGCCAGAUCGUCAAAUGUUCUACGUCAAUGGGCGGCCUUGCGGUCUACCCCAGUUUGUCAAGGUUUUCAACGAGGUGUAUCGCUCCUACAAUGCUUCACAGUUGCCUUUCAUCUUUGCAGACAUUCAACUCGACACUCAUCUUUACGAUGUCAAUGUCAGUCCAGACAAGCGCACCAUCUUGCUCCACGACCAAGGUCAAAUGCUUGACAAUCUGCGGGAGUCCUUGAUUGAACUCUUCGAGACGCAGGAUGUCACCAUUCCGACAUCCCAAGCCCGAGGGCUGAGGCAGACGCCGUUUAAGAAACCGACGCUUGUUCGCUCACAGACACCGGUCUCUGUUGCUUCUGUAAGCAACAGGAGGACAGCCACACUGUCACAUCAAUCGUCCGAAUCAGACUCAUCGAUUACACAGAGACGAGCGUCGGUCGAUGAUCAGGAUGAAGAGGAAGAGGAAACUUCUGAGAUGGUCGAGAACCCAGAGAAAGACGAGACAGAGGUCGCAAUGGAAGAUGCAGAAGACGAGCCACCACAGUCUUCAAUUCCGGCGAUUCCGCCACCGUCGCAACCUGCAGCUCCACGAUCUAGUCCCAUCGCUCCAGCUCGGUAUAAACGGUCAACUCAAGAAGUGGCUACGAUCACCAUAGGCGACUCCACCGUGACGAGCGUGAUCAGGAGUCCCCUGAAACGAUCAAGAAUUGAGGAGCCUUCCAGGCCUUCCCAAAAGCUUGGCGCUGCUAAGGCCGGGAAGAAGACCGCACCUGUGCCAUCCUUUGGCGGACGUCUCACUCAAAUGUUUUCUGCUGCGGCGAGUAGUAAGGGAGGCUCGACAGAAGAUCUCGAGAUUACUACAGAAGAGGUGGACAUUGAGGAUGAGGAAAUUGAGGUGGAUGAGGAAGCUUCGGACGCCGCUGGAUCGGCAGAGGGCCAGGACGAUGACAUCGAAGAGUCCUUGUUUGUGUCUCAAGGAGAGGAUAAUGAUGUGGACAUGGAAGAACCUGAGAUGCCUCGUUCCUCUCACGAAGAAGGGGAGGAGGAGGAGGAGGAGCUCCGGGCUGACAAUGAAGGGAAUGAGGAGAUGCCUUCAGAAGCAGACAGCCCAAGAGCCUCUGUCGAGCAAGACGAAUGCUGUGACCAUGACUCAGCCGACGACGAGUACAUCGACGAGGAAGAAAAGAAGGCACAAGAAGAAAAGAAGGUACAAGCCCUUAUCGACGCCGCCCAGGCCACCGCUGCCGAAGCAUCAGAAGAAAGCGAAAAGCGCUCCCAGAUGCUCCUCAAAGGCCGUCCAAAGCGGAAAGACAUGACCCUCAACCUCAUCCACAGGGUCAGAACCAACGAAAUGGAGAUUAGCCAGCAAAUCAUCUCCCUUUCAAACCACCUCCCACCCCGGAAAAGCAAACCACCUCCCUCCCAAGACGACGACGGCUUAGACGCAGCCAACCCCGAAGAGAAACUCUCCCUAAAAAUCACCAAAACUGACUUUGCCAAAAUGAAAAUCAUCGGCCAAUUCAACCUAGGCUUCAUCCUCGCCGUCCGGGAGGGUUCCUCCUCCCCCUCAGACGACGACGACGAGCUCUUCAUAAUCGACCAACACGCCUCGGACGAGAAAUACAACUUUGAGCGCCUCCAAUCCACCACCACGGUCCAAUCCCAGCGUCUUGUCCAGCCCAAACCCUUGACUCUGACCGCCCUAGAAGAGGAGAUAAUCCUCGAGAACCUCGUCUCUCUCGAGCGCAACGGGUUUGUGGUAUCAGUCGACACGUCUGGGGACUCCCCGGUGGGAUCGAGGUGUCAACUCGUCACUCUACCUUUGUCGAGGGAGACAACGUUUGAUUUGACGGAUUUGGAGGAGUUGAUCUUUUUGCUGGGGGAUAACCCGAGCAGUUCGGCUACGACGAUCCCGAGACCGUCAAAGGUGAGGAAGAUGUUUGCCAUGAGGGCUUGCAGGAGUAGUAUCAUGAUUGGGAGGGCGUUGUCGGGGAGGCAGAUGGAGAGGGUGGUGAGGAAUAUGGGGGGGAUGGAGAAGCCGUGGAAUUGUCCGCAUGGGAGGCCGACGAUGAGGCAUUUGUGUGGGUUGGGGGGAGCAUUUGAGGGGAGGACGUGGCAGGAGGGGGGGAAGGUGGAUUGGAGGGUGUUUUUGAGGGGGGGGAAGGGGAAACAGAGGGCUGGGUGA